UAAAUGCACGGGUUUAGCAGCUGUCGUUUUUGGUGGCGUCUGGGCUGUUGCGGGCCUGUGCGACCAAGCUGAGCGAUUGUAAUAGCCUUCAUUGACUGCUCAGCCGGCUGAGUGGCGGAAACGGCACACCUCGGCGCACACAAUACGAAUAGUUGGGCAAACGUCUAUCAGGUUAAAACAGCGCUGGGCCGUACGCAAAGCAAAAGCUCAGUACCGCUGGCCGCACGCAAAGCUAGAAUACAGCACAGCUCGCCGUCCGCAAAGUUAGCAUGGAGCCGAGGCCUCCCGCCGCCUCGCCGCCGCCGCUGCCGGCCGAGCUCCCCUCGGAGCUCGAGGAUAUCACAAAGGAGCUCGCUGCAUUACGAGGCGGCGUCGACGCGGCCAUCUGGGAACAACCGGAAGAGGCCCCGCCGCCGCCGCCGCCGCCGCCGCCGAAGCGUAUCGAAAGCAACCUCGCGUCGACGGAACAUUUAGUAAACGUGCUCGCCGGUCUGUCUGACGCGCGCGACUCCUUCGCGGCCGCUUGGGAUGCUGAAGAUGAAGAGCCGGAAGCGCCGCCGCCGCCGCCGCCGCGCGCGACGAAGCCGCCGCGCCCUGCACCACAACCGCGCCGCGUGCCGACCAAUAAAGCCGCCGAGCAAAGGAAAGCCGCCGCCGCGGCUUCUAGAGCAAGACGAGAACAGGCCGCGCGCGAGGUCGAGGAGCGGCGCUUGCGAGACGAGGCCAAUCGUAGGAUCUCAUCGCCCGCGACGCAACGUCGAAGGGCAGCCGAGCUCGCCUCGACGCGUCGAAGGGAGGCGUCGACGGAACGGCGACGAGCCUUGCAAGAGGCCCAGCUCCGAGCGGAAUGCAGUUUCAAGCCGCGGACGAAUCUGGGACCGGCCCGGGUGACGGCCGCCGACGGCCGAAGAGCGUCGAAACGCCUCCACCAGGAGGCCCAAUUGAGACGGGAAACUCAAAUGCGGAAGCGGAAAGAGGCCCAGCAGCUGAGCGAGGAGCACACGUUCCAGCCCCAGCUCAUUGCUUCGAAGACCGAUACGCUCGUCGAGGACCCGUCCUUACGACGACCUCUACAUGAGCGCGUCGCGGCCGUCGAACGCGCGCGGCAGCUCCGGAGGGAUGCUCUUGAAAAAAGAGUAAGGGCGGAGAAGCGGAGCACGUUUCAACCUGAUGUCAAUGACGAUCAACGUUCGACAAGGAUGGCGCGGAAAGCCGCUCAAAAAAUGCUCGCCGAGGCGGCCGACGCCGGUGCCCAACUCUUGGAGGACGAUUCGGUGCCACCGGACGUGGCCGCGAGGCUGGCGGCCGACGCGUGGCGGCGGUCGAUGAAGCGCGCCGAGGACAUUAAAAAGGCCGAUGAAAAGCGCAUUGAAACUCAGAAGCGGUUACUGUCCGAGUCGAAGCUGUCCGAAGGUUCACAAAGAAUUGCCAAGAAAUUCUCGUCCUUCGAGGAGCGCGAACAGAUGAGGAAGAAGGCGGCCGAACAACGCAAGCAGGCCCUCGAGGCUCAAAGAGCGAGACAGCGGCGCGAGCAGUUUAAAUUCACGGCUAAUGAGAGAUCGCAAAAGCUCGACAAGGAAAACGAAGGAACGCGCGCCGCGAAGCUUUAUAGGGAUGCGGCCGAGGCUGAACGGAGGAAGGAGGAGGCGCGUAAACAAAGGGACGCGCAACUCACCUUCGCGCCCUCGCUGUCGGAGGGCACGCGGCGGAUGGCGCACGUCGCGCCCUCGAAUCUCGCGGACGCGUCGUUUGCUGGAAGGAAGGAGGCCGCGGCCAAGGCCUCUCUGAAGUUUCAAAAGCAGUGCACCUUCAAGCCGGCGAUCAACACUUAUAAGCCGCCCCGCGUGCAGAAGACGGACGCGGAACGAAAACGGGAGCGGGAGGCCCGCAUCGCGGAGGAGCGGCAGCGACGGGAGCUCGAAGAGCUAAAUGAGUGUAGCUUCCAACCUAGGACGAACCACGAUGUUCCUCGCGAGGCGCGGCCCAUGGCGAGGACCGGCCGUAGUACCGCCGUCAAGCCUGUCGUCGUGCGGGGUUUGGCGCGGCAUUUGGAAUUGAAACGGCACGCGAACAAGUUGGCCGAGGAGCACCGGACGCGCGUCCACAACGCGUUCCACGUUGCCAAAGCCGACGAGUGGCGCGACGGCCGGCGCCUGACGCAGUGCGCGCCGUUCGAGCUGUCGACUUCGGAGCGCGGUUAAGAUUUUACACUAGACAC